AUGUCGUCCUCUACCGAGUCGCAGGCGCAAUACAGCGAGGCCCUCCAACUCGACGAGCCACGCUUGCAGGCAGCCACCUCUUCCGAUCAGGGCGAAAUCUUUGUCCUCGAAUGGCUCGCAAAGGCAGAGCAGGCGCUCCUCAAGGCAGACGACGACACCAUCCGAUCUGCGCAGACCAACUUGGAAGCUGCUAUCCUCAAACUCGCCUGCCCAAGCGUCGCUUUCGGAAAGGGUGACGACAAUGCCUUUACAGUCACGCCCAACACCGCCAUCCCUCGCCCAGGCAGGCCCACCCGACGUCUUCUCGCUCGCUGCAUCCUCAUCCUCUUCCGUCGCAUCGACUCGCGGUCCCUCAUCGACGUCUUGCAGAAUCUCAUUCGCGUCGCAGGCGAGGAUGCAAAGGGCAAAACCGCAGAAAGAGAGGUGCGCGUCGCCGCUCUCUACAUCCUCGGCGAGGUCUUUGGUUCGCUCGGCCAGCAAAUCAUGUCGCUCUUCAACGAAAUCGUCCUUCUCACACAGAAGGUGGCCAAACAGGCGAGUCAUCCCGUCAUCCUUCGGUAUCAUGCGCUCUUGGCCCUUCAAAAGACACUCAACGUCGCUGGUAAGAGCUUGGGCGACCAGGUUGGCAAAGACCUGAUCAAGACGCUCCGUCAGGGUCUCUCGGAUCGUGCAGGCGCCGUGGUGCGGGGAUGUGCGGACUGCGUCGUUGCGAUCGCUCUUCACACUCAGCUCAUCACGACGCGCAACGAGGUCGAAAACCUGGUUUCUCCGGCGCUCAAGGCCAUCGAGACGGCCGACUUUGUCACCAAACGAGCCCUCAGCCGCAUGCUCGGCGGUCUGCUAGCAUCAACACAGAUCGAGCAGGCACCGCCGGCUCCAGUCCCGUCCAAGAAGACGUCCAAGAAGAAGAAAGAAGGCGCUGCGGAGGAAGAAUCGGACGACGACGACAUCGUCACCUCGGCUGCCGCAGCGGCUGCCAGCGCCCCAAGAGCCAUGAUGACCCCGGUGGGAAUGCUCGAUCAGCUCUCGUUGCCCUUCCUGCGCAGCUCGGCCAACCGCAAAGCACGAGCUGCUAUUCUGGAUGUCUAUGCGACGCUCUUCGAGACGCUAGGCUCCGCAUGGGUGAACAGCAACUACGCUGCCAUCCUCAAACAUCUCAUCGACGAUCUGCCCAACCAUUCGCGCGGCUCUUCUCUCACCCGUGCCGACGUGCUCAACGUUCGCACUGGUGUCAGCCUCAUUCUGCGCAAACUCGUCGGAGAGCGGAUGCUCGGUGAGCAGGCCCAGGUGCUCGCCAUCCAGGAAAUCUGCGUCGGCUACCUCAGGAAAUGGCCCAGCGUCCUGCCCGAGCAGCAGCCGCCCUCCAAGACGACAUUGUCGCUUGCUCUCACCGAGAUCUCAGGUCUUCUCGUGCAGCUCGGCAGUCUGCCUCCCCAGGUCCUGGAUGCCGCCUACGACCCGCUGAUUCGUUGCUUAGCGCACCCCAGCCACUCCGUGCAGGUGCAAGCCGCGUGGUGUCUCAAGACGCUGUGUCAAGUCUCGCCCAACCACCUUUCGCCUACGUUGGCGGCUGUGCUCGAGCUGCUCAACCGCGACCUCACCACACUGGCCAAUGGUGGCGGCUCCGUCGGCACUGCGCAGCUCUCGAAGCGCGCCAACGGUCACGCCAAAGGUCUCGGCGCCCUGAUCAGUGUCAUCCCGCAGCGCCCUCUGUACACUUCGUUCGCCAUCAGCUCCAAAGUGCUCUCGCUCGCCAUUCAGCUUCUCAAAAACAGCGGCAACCACGAUCUCAGCGUCUCGACCGUCGAGAUCUCAGUCGCUUGGACGCUGGUCGGUUCCCUCAUGACGCUCGGUCCCAACUUUGUGCGCCUUCACCUUCCACAGCUGCUCGUGCUCUGGCGCAACUCGCUUCCCAAGCCUACAUCCAAAGACACGGCACCAGGACCCUCGACGCGCUCCGAUGCCGAAUGGGGCUUCCUUCUGCACGUGCGCGAGUGCACGCUCACCUCCAUCCUGGCCUUCCUUCUGCACAGCGGACCGAGCCUCGUCACUCUGGAUACGUCGCGAAGGAUCGUUGUGCUGCUGAGCAACACGCUUGCGUUUGUCGACGGGUUCGCGGCUCAGAAUUCGCACCUCCUCCAGGAGCACAACCCCGAGGCAGACCGCAGCACCCUCUCCCUGCUAGAUCGUGAAUUUCUCCUUCGUCGACGACUGUUCCAGUGUCUGACCGUCUUGGCGAACGACCCCGCCAUGGAACCGAUGCAUGACGGUCUCAUCAAGGCCACCAUCCGCACCUUCGCCGAUCCGGACCGCUACAUUGGCAGUUCGGCUCAGGCGGCGAUUGCAGCCAGCGCAGGCAACUUCACCAGCGUCUGGGAGACGGCAGAUGGAUAUGCAUUCGGUGUCACGAGCUUACAGCGAGACGCCGAGACCUUUGUUUCGGAUCCAGUCGACUCCCUGCGCGCCUGUAGCGCCAUCGCCCGUCCUGAUCUGCUCAACCGUGAUCUCGUCGAGACGCAGCUCGAUGCGCUUCAGAGGCGGCCCGUGCUGGGUGCUGCGGAACACGACGAGCUUUUCCUCUACUCGACAUCACGAGGCUCGACGUCUGGCCCUGGCCCGCGAGAACCGAGCGCCUCGGCCAGCGCCGCAGAACCGCGAGCGUCGGCGUUCCUGUCUCCACCUGUGGCCACUGGUGUCGUUGAUGCUGCCAUCCAGCUCUUCACUGGCCUCUUCCCCUACCAAGAGCGAAGCGUGCAGGUGGCGGCCAUCGAGGCGAUGCUUGCACACACCAAGAGCACCAAGCUGGACAAGAACCCUGGACGCAAGCAGGCCAUCCAGAUCAAUGUGGUUGUCGCCCUCCUUGGCGCUCUCCGACUCGCUCUCCAAGGUGCGCCUGGUGCCGACGGCAAACGUCCGAGCGGCUUCAACAACGAUCGACUCAGCUCGGCCAUCAAAGAUCUGCUGCAAGAUGCCCUCCUUCAGUCGGACCCUGCACUGCGAGCUGCUGCUAGCGAAGCCUACGGAAAGCUGGCGGCGGCAGCAGGCUCGCAGGCCUUGUCCAGUCAAGUGCAGUUCCUCGUGGACCAGAUUGUGGGCAAUCGCGACCCGGAUGCACGUGCUGGGUGCGCCCUAGCAUUUGGAGCUGUGUACAAAGAAGUGGGCGGCCUCGCUGCGGGACCAUUGACAAAGACGAUUGUCAACGUGCUCAUGUCCCUGUCGAGCGACCCGCAUCCGACGGUCCACUACAAUGCACUGGAAGCCCUCCACGUGGUCAUCGACUCGGCGAGCUUGAGCUACAGUCCUUAUGUUGCGUCCACAUUGGGCAUGCUCGUCAAGCUGUACAUGCUCGACACGCACGAGGCCGAAGGUGGCAGCGCGGGAUCGGUCAACUUGCGUGCCGACUUGCCCGCCCACCAGGCCGUCUGCCGCGUCGUCAACGCACUCAUUGGCGUCUUGGGCCCAGAUCUGCAAGAGUCGGCCCGUGUUCGUGGCCUCAUCCACUAUCUUCUGUCCGAGUUCUCGCAAGAAUCGGAUCCGGGCGUCGUUGUCGAGUCGACCAAGGCGCUGCAGCAUUUCGGUCUCUUUGCGCCCCAAUUUGUCGACGUGACGGCAUGGAUCCAGCAACUGCGCAAGCAGCUGAAUGGCAAGCAACGUACGCUCAAGCUCGCCGCCAUCACCGCCUUUUACCAGCUCGUACAGCGCGAGGCUCUCACCAUGAGCCGGGUCGGAGGGGACCAGCUUGUCGAGGAAUUCUUUGCGCAACUCGACGCGGACCCCAAGCUGGAGGGAGCUCGCGAGGUCAUUCUUAGCUGGUUGCAAAAGACGGCCGAUCUGGCGCCGAGUGGCUGGAUCGACCUGUGCCAACGCAUCAUGUUGUCCACGCCCAAUCUCCAGGCGGCAGGGGACGGGCCUGCCAAGGGCAAAGACGCGCUUCCUAGCCUCGCCACCAUGCUGCAAGACGAAGAAGCGGCAGCCAUCGAUCUCGGCAACGACACCAACGUGAUCAAGCUCAACGCAACAGGGGGCAGUCGAUGGAGGACGCAGCUCUUUGCGCUGCGCUGCCUGCACCAGGUGUUCUUGACCGUGCGUCAGGCCGGCAAGCUCGAGCACUUUAGCACGCCUCCCGGAGCGGGUGAGAAGGGACAAGCGUCCCCUCAGCGACGGCUGCUGAUGAGCAACCGUGUCGUCGAUCUCAUUCGUAUGGCGUUCAGCGCGAGCACCUCGGCUAACAUCGAGAUUCGUCUCGAGGGUCUGGUAGUGCUGCGCGACGUCAUCGAGUCUUUCAAGCUGGCACGCGAUCCCGACUUUGAAGAGGCGCUGCUCCUCGAGCAACACCAGGCACCGAUUGCCGCUGCCUUGACUCCUGCCUUUUUGGCCGACUCAACACCCGAAGUGUUGGCGGCUGCCGUGCAAGUGUGCGCUGUCUUUGUCUCGUCCGGUGUCGUCCGGAAAGUGGACCGCAUGGGUCGAAUCCUCAAACAGCUUGUCUCUGCUCUGGACAGCUGCAUGCAACCCAGCAUGACGCAGCUCGGCGACGUCAAGGACUUGUCGCAGAAUGCGAAUGCCAUGCUCAAGAUAGCUGUGUUCACUGCCUGGGCCGAACUGCAGACGGCCAGCGCGACACAGAGCUACCUGGUGGACGUCAUCCAGCCCCACGGCGCUCGCAUCGUCCCUUACUGGAUUGCAUGUCUGCGUGAGUACGCCAAGAUCCGCUCGGAUCCCGAGAUGGACGCCGGUGGCGCCCCGGGUGGACCAGGUCCUUCCAUCAACGCUAGCCUCGAUUCGCAAUAUGCCGCUCUGGCGCGCGAAGUGGUGCUGCCGUAUCACGAACGCUCGUGGUACACGAUCCUUCAGGCCGUAACGGGCCUGUUGCACGACAACGACGCACGCGCUUUGGCAGCCAUGGACGGAGAGACGGCUCCUGCCUCCAUGGGCGCGAAUGCUGGCGGGGCCCCAUCUCGCAGUGAACCCUGCCUCUUCUUCUUUGUCCUGUACGGACUUGCUUUCGAGGCGCUGGCUACGCGAUCAUCGAGCAGCGUCGAAUCGGUGCAUGAAGGCAAGGUGAUGCGCAUCUCUUUGCGCGCCAUGACCGCCUUGAGCAAGCCUCCAGUAGCUGGAUCCGCGCUUCUGCAGGACACUCUGUUCUCGGAGCUGUGCAACCUGUGGUACCGCUUGGUCAUGACCGAGCCUCCUGCAGUGCAAAUCUCGGUGCUCGAAACGAUUGGCGGCAUGGCGGCCUCGUAUGGCGCGCUGCUGCUUUCUUCGGAAGACCAGGCAGCCGCUGAAGCUGGCAAGUUGCCCAACGAGGCCAAGCUGAGCCAGUGUCUGCGCGUCGUUGUCUGCGUCCUGCAGAACGUGCGUAUGACGCGUGGCUCGGUGGACGAAAAGACGGCGCUGCUGCGCGUCGCCUACUCGGCCUACAUCGGCAUCGUCGGUCUCUACCCAAAGGCUUUGCAGGAGGACCUCUUCGCCGUCGGCUUCUACACGUACGCGGAGAUGCUCAAGGACGAGACGUCGGAGCAGGAUCUGGUAGGACCUUCCCUCGGCUCGCUCAAGGAUCUGUGCGAGCGCUCCGCCAAGUCGGUGAGGCCCAAUAGCGAUGUUCUGCAGCGCGCCAUCCACGGCUUCCUGUCGCAAGCGCUUCAGCACAUCGACGACCUGCGCAGCCGUGCUGGUCGCAUCGCGCUCAACAAGACCAAGAACAGCCUGCUGGCAGUGGUCGUCGUGCUCACCUCGAUCCCGAUCAACGUCAAAGUGUCGCAGGCGGUCGCAGAGCAUGCAUGCUACCUGAUCGUGCAGAAGGUCCUGACGUUUGAGGAGGGAGUAGAGCAGUGGGAGCAGACGAGCGGAGGCAAGGGUGCCGGUGCACCAACCUUGGGCGAGGGUGUGGAAGAGAUCGGUUUGACAGCAGUCAACUGUGCUCGCACCAUCGUGCUUGCCUCCUCGCGCGGCAACGCGGCGCUGCUGUACUGCGUCGGCCAGCUUCUGCCAGGUCUGAUCGAGUUUGUCUGCCGUGCAGGACCGCUCGUCGCCACCGCCUCUGCUGCGUCGAGCAACAGCCGCACGCCGAUGACGGCACUGCGUGGAGCCGUCGAGGACGUCAUCAAGACGUUUGCUGGUCUCGUCUCAGUGCUGCCCAACGAGGGCGAGUUCCGCGCCAAAGCACUGGCCAUCAUCCUGCCGACGCUGCUGGUGCUGCUUUCGCCCACGAACGCGACCGAGCUGCACACCUUUACGGUGAGACAGCUCAUCACGCUGGCGGGCCAGCACGCGGCCGCGUUUAAGGAGGCGACUGCCGCGCUGGACGCGGAGAGGAAAGCGCUGCUGGAGAACGCGAUUCGAGCACAGCUUCAGUCGGCGGCCGGAUCUGCGGGUGCAGGCGGUGCAGGUGGUGCCGGAGCGGGAGCAGGGGCAAAACAGGCGGCCAGCUCGAUCGCGCUCAAGUCUUUCGGCAGCUGA